CUAGGCAUGCAGACUGCUUUUACAAACAUUUUUGAAAGAAUGGGUCACUCUCAGGAGCUCAGUGAAUUUAAGCAUGGUACCGUGAUAGGUCACCACCUGUGCAACAAGUCCAUCUGUGAAAUUUCCUUGCUACUAAAUAUUCCACGGUCAACUGUUAGUGGUAUUAUAACAAAGUGGAAGCAACUGGGAACAGGCCACAUAGCUGCCACCGGACUCUAGAGCAGUAGAGACGUGUUCUCUGGAGUGAUGAAUCGCGCUUCUGUCUGGCAAUCUGAUGAACGUGUCUGGGUUUGGCGGUUGCCAGGAGAACUGUACUUGCCUGAUUGCAUUGAGCCAAGUG